AAGCCUCCGAAAAGUAGCAGUGCUCCUUCGCCAUCAGUUGUACCACGGCCAGAAACACCGUUGUGCCAUCCAUCGUUGUCCGUUACACUGCUGCCCGUAACAACCGGUUGUUCGGCGAUGGUGGGAUGUAUGGGCACAGCCUAUUCACCAUUUUCAAUAGCAAGUGUACCUCCUUCCCCGCCCCGUGGUCCACUGUUAUCGGUGACUGCUCGGCCGUUACCCGUUUUGGCGCCUGCCACAUAUUCGUCGCUUCUUGCACUACCUCCGAAUCCAAAUGGCUUGUCGUGCUGCAAUUGUGCUGGUCGUCAUCCAUUUGCUUUUUGCUCGCAGCCAACAAUGCUUCAAGUUAUUGCUAGUGGUGAAUAUAAAAUCGACUACAACAGCUUCGCAAGUGCGGCAAGCCCAGUUGCUGUAACUGCUGCCGUAUCUACGAAAAUGACUGGAAAUAUUCCGUCACCGUCCAGCAACACAUCUCUUUCACCACAACUGCUACCGCCACCAGUCAGUCUACCAACACCACCACCGGCUCCAAAUUCUUGCUGA